GAGAGGGCGCAGUUCCGCGCUAUCCUCCGUAUCGUUGACACGUCCGAGUAAAAGAGUGCCCGCGGUGCCUGCCUGCCUGCCUGCCUGCCUGCUUGCCUGCCUGCCAGUCAGUCAGUCGCGCCUCCGCCGAGUUACAAGGAAAGAAAUAUAUAUAUAUAUAUAUAUAUAUAUAUAUAUACACAUACAUACAUACUUACUAAACGCGCGAGAAGAAACGAGCAGAAGACGAUGAUGGCCGCCUUCUUCUUCGCCGUCUUCGUAGCGCUCGUCCUAAGCGAUGGGACCACGGGUACCACGGCAAGCCAGAUGACGAUGGAGGCUAGGAUUUACGACGACGCCGAUCUAUCACAGUUCUAUCAACUAUUGGAGACGAGCCAGGUGGCGAAUAACACUCUGACGUAUCGUCAUGUUACCGUUUUUGCACCGACGAAUAGAGCCUUUCAAAAGUACAAUGGUAGCAAGAGCAACUUGGUUCUCUAUCAUAUGUCGAACCUACCGCUAACGAUCGAACGAUUAGGACUAUCGGUUUCGUCCGAAUUAGAUGGUAAUCCGCCAUUAUGGGUAACGAGAAGACCAGGGCCAACCGGUGAAGAGGAGGUUUUCAUAAACAACGCUAAAAUCUUGAAACAACAUAGCAACUUUCAAUCGAAAAUCAAAGUCAAUGGUGAUACGAAAACGCAGGUUUUGCACGUUAUAGAUGAAGUAUUGGAACCGGUACGUUCGAUAUCACCGGAAUCGCCGAUCUACAAUCCCGAUGCCUUUCAAUUUAUAAAUCAAAGUGAAAACUUUAAUAUGGGCAAUCAUCGUGUUAGGACCUUCCGACAGAGGAUCGUCAUAGAGAAAAAAGAGGGUAUCUUUACGGCCGACGGGCGUUACACAUUUUUCAUACCGGUCGACGAAGGAUUUAAGCCGGAGCCCAGGCCACAGAAGGUUGACCAUCUUGUAAUCGAUGGACACGUGAUACCCAAUCAUAUUCUUUUCACCGUACCAACCCCCGAGAACGUUUAUUACGAGACUCUUGUUUUUUCUGAUAACCUCAAGGUUACCGUCAGUUUUCUCAUGGAACAUAACAAAGUAUACGUCAAGUCUAAUACGAUCGUUGGCGACGCAUCUCACCACACCGGGGUCGUGUUAGCCGAAAUCGUUAAGCCUAAUAUACCAGUACGAAACGGCGUGAUCCAUUUGAUCCAACGGCCGUUAAUGGUGAUCGACAGUACCGUGAAGGACUUCCUCGAGUCCUUCAAGGGCAUCGAAAAGGAGGACGGUCCUGUAUACAAAUUUUACGAGACCAUUCGGGAUUUCGGCGACGACAUUAUGACGACCAUAAGCAGACUCCAUGAUGUAACUCUAUUCGCACCUAGCAAUGCGGCACUCGAAGAACCUGGUGUACAACAUAUAUUGCAGGAUAAAAGGCGAGUUAAGGAGAUCCUAAACUUGCAUUACGUCAAACAGAGACUACCAUUGGAAAAAAUUCAAAACAAGAGUAUCAGUCAGGCACAAGCUGGGAUACCUACUGCCGCCGAUAGGAAGAAACUUUAUUUCAACGUUGUACAAGGACCGGCAGGAAAUCAAACAAUUACAGUCGAGGGUGGUGGCGUAAAUGCUACAGUAGUUACCGCAAACAUCGCAGCGACCAAUGGAAUUAUUCAUAUCAUCGAUAGGGUCCUCGGUGUACCAUAUACCACCGUUUUCGACAAACUAAGAACCGAUCCUAUGUUGAACUCCACUUAUUUCUUGGGCCAACGACGUGGUUUUAACGAGCAACUUAACGAUACGACGAAACGUUUCACUUAUUUCGCACCGAGAGAACAAGCCUGGUCCGGUGCCAACAUCAGUUAUCCGUCUACAAUUAAAAAACUUUUCAUGCAAGACUUCAGCUAUCACACCAAACAAAUAUUGGAACGACAUCUCGUUGUUGCCGAUCAAGUAUACACGAUGGCUAAAUUAAGGGAAAUGAGUAUCAACGAUAGCGUCACCCUAACUUCUGCGAGGGAUACAUUGAAACUUCGCGUUAAGGAAUUAACCGAAAUACGUUUAGGUGACGACGAAAACUCUAUCAAUCCAGUGAUUUUCGGUUACCAAAUUGAAUGGGAAGGCAAAUGGAUUCGAGUUUUUCGUCACGACGUCGAAUGUACCAAUGGAAUAAUUCACGUGAUCGAUGGUGUAUUUUUAAAGGACAGCGACGUCAGAGUUACGGGCGAUGCUUCAUUGGCCAGCUUCGCGCCCCAUCUUAUAAUAUUCUUGAUAGCCAAGUGGCUCUUGUAAACGCCGAAAAUAUAAUACGACGAGAAGAUCAAAAGAACAAAGCAAAACGGGGGAAAAAAAAAAAAAAAGAAAGAAAAGGAAAAAAAAAGGAAAUAAAAUAAAAUAAAAUGAAAGAAAGGAAGGGGGGAAAAGAAGAAGGAGAUUAGAAAAAAAGAAAAAAAAAAAAGGAUAUAAAAUAAAAAAGGGAGAUUUAAGAAAUCUCCAUUUAGAAAUAAAUCGUUUGGAGCGUCUCCGAUCGUCUUCGAUGAGCCAAGGAAACGAACGACGCCGACGACGACGACGACGACGACGAUGACAAAGACGACAAUUGACGACAGUGACGACGAUCGACGAUCGACGACGACGACGAUCCAUCCGAUAGCUUUUUUUGCUAAGCGAUUCUUGCGAUGCUAAAAAAAAAAAAAAGAAAAAAGAAAAAAGAAACAAAACACGAACACAAAAAUCUCCUUCACACACGACAAAAAGGAUCUCAUCGUCGAUUUCGUUUGGCUCCCUUUUAAUCUCCAACGUGGUUAGCUUCGUCCUCGUCGUCAAGUUUAUCCAAUAAUUAUUAUAAAGAUCGAAGUGUGUUUCUUCAUCGGCAUCGAUCAUGAUCCAUCAUCUUUAUUAUCAUCAAUGUCAUCGUCAUAAUCAUCGUCACAAUUAUCAACGUCGAUGUCAUCAUCAUUAUCGUGAUCAUCGUCAUCAUCAUCAUCAUCGUCAUCAUCGACAUCGUCAUCGUCAUCGUCAUCAUUAUCGUCUUAUUUCUCUUCUAUCUUUUUUCUUCAUAAUUUGAAAGAACGACGACGACGACCGACCGAGAGAGAUCAGGAUCGACUAGAAGAAGGAUCGGCGACGCAAUCCUACGAACACAACCACAUAAUUAUAAUCCUCGACUCGACUUCGGCUCGUAUUCUUUUAAGCCACUAAGCUAAAGCAAAAAAGGGAAAAUAGAAAAGGAAAAAAAAAAGAAAAAAGAGAAAAAAAGAUAAAAAUAAAAAUAAAAAAUAAAAAGAAAUAAAUUUAAUUAACGUUAAUAGGUUUAAAUGUGAUGAAGGAUAUGAUGAUGGAUGAGCAGUUCCAAAUAUACAUAUAUAUAUAUAUAUAUAUAUAUAUAUAUAUAUAUAUAUAUACAUAUAUAUAAAUAUAUAUAUAUAUAAUAGGUAUAUCGGCAGUAUCGUUUACAAUAUGACUUAAUAACAGGCGUAGCUAUAAUAAAUAGCGAAACUUUACGAUAUAAGGGAUAUAAAUAAAACGGUCUGUUCUUUCUCUCUCUCUCUCUCUCUCUCUUUCUCUCUCUCACUCUCUCUCUCUCUCUCACUCUCUCUCUCUUUUAUUGUUUGUUUACUUGUUUAUUUUCUCUUUCUUCAUUUUUCUUCUCUCGUUUCAUUCCUUUUCUUUUCUUUUCUUUUUCUUUUUUCUUUUUUCUCAUUUCUCUUUCAUUACAUUUACAAUUGUAAAUUUUAUCAUUAAAUAAGAUUUUAAUAAUUGGGACGAAAGAGAUGAAACUGAGAUGAUCCAUAAUUAAAAAAAAAAAAAAAAAAAAAAAUAAAAAAAAAAAGAAAGGAAUUUGGACGACAUACAUACAUACAUACAUAUAUACAUACAUAUAUACAUACAUACAUGCAUACAUACAUACAUACAUACAUACAUACAUACAUACAUACAUACAUACAUACAUACAUACAUACAUAUAUGUACGUACGUAUUAUGUGUUUUACGUAUAUUAUAGAAAAUAUUCAUAUAUCGGAAUUUGAUAUUUCUAGAGAAUAUAACGGAGAGAAGAGAACGAAAAUUGAAGGCCGCUAAUAUUAAAACCGAUAACCGAGAUAAAUAUUUAAUAAUCAAGAUGCGCACGGCCUCAAAAGCCACAGAAGUAGCCUAUUAUUAUUUAUUGAGUAAUCGUCCGCGAAUAUAAAAGAGUUGGGCAAGUUUUUACGGGUUUAAUCAAUGGCCCCCUUUCCCCCUACUCCCCCACCCCCAUAAGCGUACCAAAUAAACGAUUAAAAUCGUACCAAGUAAUCUAAUUAUAAAUUUAUUAAAGAUUAAUUAAAUACGAUGACAGAGAGAUAGAGAUAUUUGUGGGAGGGGAGGGGGGAGGAAGGAAGGAUGAGAGAUUGUGGAAUAGGGGAUAGGAGGAGGGGGAGGGAUGAUGGACGAAGGAGAGAAGACGUGGUAGAGGGGCAUGAAGGGAGGAGGGAAUCUUCUUCGAGUUACAUAAGAAAAUUUGUCAAUGAGCUGGAGAACAUAUAAUAUAUCAAUCGACCGUCGUAUUCUCCGAAUGAGAGUUGAAAUCGAAAUCGAAAUCAAAAUCGAAAUCGAAAAAUCGAAAAAUCGAAAUCGACGAAACGUGUUCGUUGAUAUUUAUACUCUUUUAAGAGACAAUAUUAUUAUUAUUGUAUUUAUUCUAUCGCAUCGCGUGCCAUUGCGACUCUUCGUUUAGACUUUCGAAAAAAAAAAAAAAAAAAAAAAAAAAAAAGAAACAAAAAGAAAAGAAAAAAAAAGAGGAACUAAACUUAGCUCGCGUUAGUGUUCAAACGCCAAAAAAAAAAAAAAAAAAAAAAAAAAAGAGACAAAAAACGGCUGGCUAAAUUAGCGUGGACUUCGCGAUGAUUCUCGUAAAGGUUUUUCCUGAGAGCUUUUUUUUCUUUUUCUUUUUUAGCGCGAUCAAAAAAAGAGUUGGCGUCUGUAUUGCAACGCAACUGUGUUUUAUACUCAAAUCAAGUUAAAUCGUUUAACGUUAUCCAAUAUAUUAG